CCAAAAGCCCAGAAACCUACUGCUGUAUACGCGCACACACACACACAUCCUUCUCUCUUUUUCUAUCCAGUUUGGAAGAGAACACGGACUGGAAAAAAGAACUCGGAGUGAAGGUAGUUCAGGUGUGUGUGUGUGAGUCUCUGCCGUGUGUGUUGGCUGUGUGUAUAGAGGAGUAUAUCGGGCAGCGUUCCACAGAGAGAGAGAGAAAGAGAGAGAACCCAGUCCAGCAGCCAAUGCUUCAUUAGUCGCAAUCCGCUCUCGAACACCACUCUGGCGGGUUGGUUCUUGACGUUCCUCUCGUUUACCCACUCACAAGUCUCUCUCUCGUCUGCACGCCCGUCUCUUAUACAAGAGCUCAGCUACACUCAGACAUUGCCGCACCAUUCCUACACAUUUGAUCCGGAAGUUAUACACCUCUCUCGACAGUGCUAUUUCUAUCGCUACCCCCCAUUUUUAUUUUCAAAGGCCCAGAAAUGGCGACCAUUUUCCAGUCGGGCUCCCGGAGUUGGUGGAUGGCCGCGUUGGUGGUGGCCAUCGUUUGCGGAACGAUGGCUGCACCGCAACAACAACCACAGCAGCAGGAAAGGCGCAAGAUCAAAGUCGGCGCCAGUUUCGGCGGACGUCCAGACUCUGCCGGAAGCAGCAGAGCUCUUUCUCAGUUUGAAGAGCCUCUCAUCAUCACCGAACCUCUUCCGGGACAAGAAUUCGUCUUCAUUUCUGCCAACCCGCGUCAGUCACAGGCCGCUGGCGGCCGGGCGGCCAGGGUUAAUAAUCCAGUAGCUGUUGCCCAACUGCCUUCCGUCCGGAUCGAAAAUCCUGGAUCUGGAACGAUUCUCGAGGACGGAAUUCUCAUCGCCGAGCAUCUAGGAGAAUCUAACCGGGCCGCUCGUCUAUUAGACGAGCCUUCUGGCCAGCCACAACCCGUUUUCCCAGUCGCCAAUGCCGACGUCCAGAGCUGGACUCCCCUUUCUCUUCCGGAACUGCUGACCGGUCCAGCCGUCGUCCGAGAAUUGGAGCCUGUUUCCGAUGAGAGAAAAUCGAACACCCAGAAAGAAUUUCGUUCACUGGAAAUUGCUCCGGCUCCAGUCGCCGAAACAUUUUCACUGGAAGAUGCCAUCACAGGUGUAGUAGCCGAGUCUGUUCAACCCAGCGAUUCAGUCGCCACGGUUGUUGUUGUUGAUGACGACACUGAUCGUGUGGGUAAAGCCAUCGAUGCCCAAGAUGACGAUAACAUUAUCGCGGCCGAGUCUGUGUCCAGGCGGACAGUCAUCAAAACGGCUCCCAACGGCCAGGAUUACGAGUACGAGUACCUUUAUUACGACGGCACUGACGUCGAUGAGUCAACCAACAACACGCUUAGCGCACCUGUCGAGCCGAAUUUAUUUUCCAACGACCAGGAAAUCGUCAACGCUCUGCCGGCCUCAUCGGUGGUGGCCGUCAGCGAUGAAGCCGAAAAGAAGAAAGUUGCGCCGGCCGUCGAGCUGAUCAUUCCGAUCAUUGAAGACGAACAAAUGGGCGUGACGACCGAAUCAGACCUUGUCCAAGUCCAGGAAAUUCCACACGUUGCUCACGUGGCCUUCCAAGUCGGCGACACUGGCGACAUUGCAGUCGAGCAGGUCGGCGCUAUCGAUUCCGCCGAUGACGAGUUCGUGACGGAACUAGACUUUGAAACCACCACGGCCACUGAGGCGACUACAACAACAACAACUACCACGCCGAUGCCGACGACUGUUGCGUCCAAACGGCGUCGACCCACUUCCACACAGUCGACUGAGACGCCGUCGAUUCGCCCGUCGCUCAGCCGACUGACGCCCCUGCGAAGAGGCAACACUCCCGCGGCCGUCACUGAAGAGUCGCCCGCCGUCACUCCGUCGGAGCCGAAAAGAAUGCGCGGAAAGAAUCGCUUCUCGCCCGAAUCCGUCCCGUCCAGCAACGCCGUACCCACUGAGAGCAAAGCCGACGGAACCGGAAGCCGGAGGAUUAGCCGCCCGAGAGUUCGCCCGUCGACAUCCAGCAGCACCCUGGAGAAUCGGGCCGGCCUAGCCGAAAUCCGCUUCGCCGAAUUGGAAGGUGAAACUGCUGCCGACUCGGCCGACGUCAACGAUCCAUCCUUGAGCCUAUCCGUCGACAUCCAAGACGACGGAUUCGAUUUCAAUCGCCAGAGUCAACCCAUCGAGCAUUUCCCAAUCAACGGCCGUUUGCCUUCGCAUUUCCAAGAGACGGACGAAUUCACCGAUGCCCAGGAACGCACACCUCUGCGCGUCGUCGAGAGCGACUCCUUCCGCAAUUCCGGCAACCAAGGAUCGGCUGCUGGAGAGCCACCGAUUUCAGUCGGAAGGCUGACUGUCAUUUCCGGGCCGGCCCGAUUGCCAUCACCGAUCCUUCCUCAAUUUGAAGACAUCGCCGAGCAGGAGGAAAUCAUUUCGCCCAGCGUCGCCCCGGUCCAAGACGUCACCGAAAGUAUCCAACAAUUGGCGGAUGAAUUCGAAUCGGACAUCCCAGCCAAAGAGGACGUGGCUGCUGUCGAGCCGGAAAUCUUCGAGAUCGCCAACCACCAACAAGUCGGAAUAGAAACUCAUCACGACGACGCCAACCAACACAAUAAGGAAUCGCCCAGCUUCUCGUUGACUCAUCCAUCGUUGACGGAUCUGUUGGCCUUUUCCAAAGCGGCCGAACAGCAGCAACAAGACGACGAAUCCUUCCCGACUGUCGAGGAAGUGCUGAUUGAAGAAGUGGUUGUCGCAACAACCCCUGUCGCCCCAAGUAGCCCAACACCAUCGACUUUUACCGUUGGUAGUUCGCAGGUUCAAUCGCUCGACGAUGAAUUCAUGACCCAACUCGUCGAAGAGGCCGAGAUCCCAGUGAUCCACAAAGUCAACGAAGAGGUUGCCGAUUUCAUGGAUGAGAUAGUGACCACCCCGGAGCCGGCCGUGUUGGCCGUUGAACCCGUUCAAAUCAUGUCCAGUCCCGUUUUGGAAUUGAGCCUGGACAACGACGUGGAAAUGCCCAAAACCACCGAUAGCACAAUCGAAGAUGUCGUUCAAGAAGAUGUCGCCACAGAAGAUGUCACUUCCACCACUACAACCACAACAACAACCACAACUACAACUACUACGGCCGCACCGACAACAACGACUCCGGAACCCACGACAGCUGCCCCGACGUCGAGCGUCCGCACUCCGUCGCGAUUUGGCGGCAGCAACGCCAAUCGUUUCAACAACCGAAUCCGCAACCGCGUUCGCGGCGACGCUGAUACAUCCAGCGGCGCUGGCAGCACGACGACUACGACAACAACAACAUCGGCUCCGGUGAAAAAGAACACAUUCCGCCCAGCUGGCUCACCAUUCAACCGACUCCGACGACCAACUACUCCGGCCGUUGAUAGCGCCAAAGCCGACGUCGUCGACGCUGGAAGUAGCGCGGCGGAAGCCAACGAGAGCAGCUCUCCGGCGUCGGUCGUCGCGUCCACCACCCGUAAACCCUUGCCCAACAAUUUCCGCAACCGAUUCCAGUUCCGUCGCAAUCAAACUGAAGUCAGCAAACCGGCCGAAUCUUCCGCGUCUGGAUCGACAGAACCCAAAGUUUCACUGCCGGCCGUCAGCAGGCCGUCAAGACCGACCGGCCAGCCGACUAACAGGAUCGUUUCCCCACGUCCCAUGUCGUCUGUGCUGAAGCGCGGCCGCUUUACCUCGACCACCACUACCGAAACGGCGCCCGCGGUGGUGGCCCAGGUCGAGGAGUCCAGCACCAAUGAAACCGUAUCCGAAACGGAAGCCACCAAUAACGAGGCCGAAGGUGAAGCUGUUGAGGUUGUCGAACCGGUGGUUGUGGCUGAAAAGGUGGUGGUCGUGACGGAAGCGACGACGACUACGACGUCCAGAUCGGCCGGAUUAAACCGCUUGAGAAAUCGGGUCUCGCUGCCCGUUAGCGAGCGACCCAAGACGGUGCGGACGCAGGUCAGCCUGACUGAUCGACGCAAUCGAUUCUCGGGGUUGUCGGCCAAGAAAUCAGAGUCCGAUUCAUCGGCCACAGCCAUCGAGGAGAGCAAUAAGGAGGAGCCAGCCGAAAAGGCCGUCAGCAUCGCUAGCGACGUCCAGGAAGAACUCGAGCCGAUUGCUGCUGCCAACAGCGCAAAGGCCAGCAGCAGCCCAUCGGCAAUUGAUGAGUCGAUUGAUAGCCCGACCAGCGAUUUGGGUAAUGUCGAAGGGCCCGUUGUCACUGCGGCGCCGGCCGUUUCCUCGUUGCGAAAUCGCCGUCCCAAUCGCAUCCCAGGACAACUCGUCGCUCGGCGAACCUAAUCCAAGUUAAGUCAACCUUUUAUAUCCUCCACUCGUUCGUCGACCCAGGAUCCAAGUUGUCAGUGAUAUCUACCUGGAAACAAAACACACACACGCAUACAUAACAACAACAAAAUUAUGACCGUCUUCUUUUAAAAAAAAAAUGAAAACUCAAAUAAGAGCAACCAUGUAGUGAUGUAGAACAUGUUGUAUACACUUUUCCCUUUUAUUUCUUUUAUUUCUUUGUUUUUUUACCCCCCUCAAAUCUCGAUGCGGAUUUCUAUAUACGUGCACAGAAAGAAAUGCUAGCUACAGCAGUAUAUAAACCGUCAUGAGAACCGUGUUAGGUCCAGGAGACUGGGCAUUUACCAAUUUUUCUAUAUUUCUUUUUAUUGGCGUUUAAAUAUCUUUUUGUUUGACUUUUUUUUUCUCUUUCUACUUUUCUUUCUAUAUUUGUUUCGUGUGUUUAUCGCGAACUUUCUCAUUUUAAGCAGCCGGAUGGUAUAAGUAAGUAAAUAAUCCCUUUCCCAUUAUUUUAGACGCCCAUAGCAUCUGCAAUCGGAAUUGAUUGGUGAUGCAAUCGUAGUAAAUAUAUAUAUCGGCAACAGCUGCUGUCGCUAUGGAAAAAGAAAAGACGAUUGGCUAUAUGCACGUCAUUCAUUUCGUUUUUUUUCUGAUUGCCGAUCCUUAACACUAAAAGCUAUUGAUUUUUCAUAUUUAUACUAUCCUUUUUUAUAUUUCCUCAUAUAUCUGUUAGAAUUUUUUUUGUUUUUCCCAGUUUUUUGGAACUAUUGUGUAAACAGAUGGGUCUGAAUUUUUCUGAACGGGACACACACACACACACACUCCCGACCAUAGUUUCCGUGGAGCAAACGAUUCUCUCUCGGCUCAGCAGUCGGCUGGGUCUGGGGGCGGGAUCGUCUAUAUUUGCAUUUGUCAUCCCUUUUUUUUUAUUUUUUAAAAAAAAGACAACAUGUGUGUGUGUAUGCCGAUUGAAAGAGAGAAAGAAAGAAAGAAAGAGCACACAAUUGGAAACGCGGGUGGUUGUAUCUUUCGCUCUGCGAUUCCACGGAAAUGUUAUAUCUCAUGAGAAUUUUUCGUUCGUGUCUUCUUCAUCAUUUUUGUUAGAUAAAAUAACCUCCGGCUGCCGUUCUUAUAUUCCCCCCAAACUCUAGUGUAAAUAACAUCUAUUUUUGACUGUCAAUACAAUAUAUUCUACUCUA